AUGGACUCAGGCAAGGCACCAGUUGCGAACGGCGGCAGCUCGCGCACGGCAGAGCCUCUCGUCAAGGUCCAACCGCCCAGGCGUGAGGAUUUGCAGCCAUCGUACGCCCAAAUCAUUAAGCCAGACACUGAAGAUGCGUCUCAACACGGGUGGUAUGGAUCUAUGAUCAAUUCUCUGGGUUCUCUGAUCGGUACUUGCGGUGCUGUGCCAUGCUGCAUUAUCUGCCCAAACCCAUACCGCCCCGUAGCUCAAGGCAACGUUGGCCUCGUGACCAAGUUUGGCCGCUUCGCAAGAGCCGUGGACCCCGGUCUCGUCAAGAUCAACCCUCUCUCCGAAAACCUCAUCCAAGUCGACGUCAAAAUUCAAAUCGUCGAAGUCCCCAAGCAAGUCUGCAUGACCAAGGACAAUGUCAACCUCACCUUGACCUCCGUCAUCUACUACCACAUCACAAGCCCACACAAGGCCGCCUUCGGAAUCUCCAACCUCCGCACUGCCCUCGUGGAGCGCACGCAGACAACCCUCCGCCAUGUCAUCGGCGCCCGCGUGCUGCAAGACGUCAUCGAGCGCCGCGAGGAAAUCGCCCAAUCGAUCCGCGAAAUCAUCGAGGAGACAGCUACGGGCUGGGGCGCCGCCGUCGAGAGUAUGCUCAUCAAGGACAUCGUCUUCAGCCAGGAACUCCAGGACAGCCUGUCGAUGGCCGCGCAGAGCAAGCGAACCGGCGAAGCCAAGGUCAUCAGCGCCCGCGCCGAAGUCGAGAGCGCCAAGUUGAUGCGCCAGGCCGCUGACAUCCUGUCUUCUGCACCCGCCAUGCAGAUCCGAUACCUCGAGGCGAUGCAAGCCAUGGCCAAGUCGGCCAACAGCAAGGUCGUCUUCAUGCCUGGUCCUCCGGCUCUGACGCAGCAGACCAUCCAGGCGCUUGAUGAGGUUGGCGAGGGUCCGGCGGCGUACCAGCAGCACGGCGACUACCAGAUUGGUGGGCCGACGGGCAGCCUGCAGACUGCUAUCAACAGCCGUGUCGUGGAGAACAUGUAA